CAACUGUUAUCAUGAACAACUGGGCUUCUCUUGGCCUCGCCCUUCUCCUUGGCUCGUGGACUCUGGAAACCCACGGGGGAUCGCUGAAGCUUCUUGGAUCAUUUAAGGUACCACAUGCAGGGUUUACAGAAGUUGUAGAAGAUCAUCACAGCAACAACCCCAAGGAUAAAUUCCAUCUGUUUAUAUCCAGUUUCAACCCCAUACCGUUGACAACAGACUAUGUCUAUGAGGUAGCUCACAUUGGUAGUCAUCUUGGUAAUGUCGCUGGUAUCAAACCUAAGGUAGCCACAACAACUGUAACAUGGCCGAAUGAAGUGAAUGAAGUUCCAGAAUCAGUUUUCCACAAGAACAUGUUGACUGUGUCGGGAGGAUUUCUGGUUCCUCUGAAGACUCACGGAAUGAUUGAAUUGUUGGAUUACUCUUCUGAACCACCAAAGGGACCUUAUAGAAUCACUGACGAAGCAACUGAUUCCAAAUGGUUUUAUCACAGAGUGAUGUGGUUGGACAUGAACGGCGAUGGGAGACUGGAUGCUGUUACUUGCAGAGCUGAAAAACCGGUUGUUUUCGGUGGACCAAAAGGACAACUGAUUUGGUUCGAGAACCCCGGUGGAAGCAAUGCUCUGAAACACACGUGGAAAUCACAUGUUUUGGACAAUGGUGCCGACGUUUAUUUUGAUAUCGUAAAACUACCAACUCCUCAAGGUAAAAAGGACUGUAUCAUCACUGCUGGGUUCUUCUCCAAAAGUCUCAAUAUUUAUUGGACAACAGAUUCCAAAGGCCGAUGGAAUGAUAAAUCAAAGGUAAAGAGGAGGGUAAUAGACAACCAUAUCAAAGCAGUAUUUGAUGUUAAGGCUACAGAUCUAGAUCACGAUGGUAAACUAGAUUUAUUGGUAACCAGCAAUGAUGCUCAUGAUGCUUCUAUGUACAUUUUUGAAAUUCCGUCCGAUUUCAGAACAGGCGCGUUCAAGAAACAUGUAAUUGCUACCAAAUUUGCAUCAAGAACUGGUGGAGUUGGUAAAGGAGCCCCGGGAUCACCUUUAGUCUUCUAUCCACAAGUUAAAAAAACCAACGUUAAACCGUGGAUAUUGUUAUCAGGUGAUGACGACGGCCGAGCUCAUCUUUUAAAACCCAGAUCAGAAGCUCAUGGUGACUUCAAAUACUCUAUGGAGGAUGUUUUAGACGUUGGAUCCGGGACAGUAGGGAAGAUCGCAGCUAAGGACGUGGACGGUGACGGCUACUCUGAAGUGUUCAUACCCGGAUACAACCAGGGUUUGGUCCAUGUUUAUACCACUAAAGUAUAGUAAACAAAUAUAUAAUUCGACAGUUA